AUGACUGAUAAUAAUAAAUUCUUGUUGGACACGAAUGAAGCAGCAGAUAUCGUACAACAAUUUGUGAAACUAAAUUAUCCAAUAUUGAACAAAACGCCAGAGGUUGCUUUUUUAUAUAAUAUCAACGACCAGCUUCAAGUAACACUUUUAAUCACCCGAAAUUUUAACGAAAGCGCCAUCAUUCCAGCACCAAUCAUUAGAAAGAAAAUUUACAUUUCAACUGAAAUCACUACCGAUCACCAACCAACACUAAACACCUCUACUGAUCUGGAAACCUUUCCUGAUACAACGGAAAAUAAUUUGCCACGUCAAACCUUUGAAAGUAUUAAAUAUCCAGCUGAUAUCGCAACAAAUCAUUCACCAACAGUAAACUUAAGAAAAAAAAUGUACGUUUCGGAUAAAAUCGGCACCUACUACCGAACAUCGUUGAACGCCUCUACGGAACUGAAAACACGUUCAAAUACUAUCAAAGAUGAUGCGUGGAAUCAAAUCGUUGAACAACCUUACGUUCCUGUCGAUAACCAUCAAUGCUCGAUAAAUACUCCCGUGACUCUGAAAACACUUUCUGCUACUACGAAAAACAAUAAUAUGAUGAAACAAAUCCAUGAACGUGAAAACUUUCCAGCUGAUUUCGUUAUGUACGACCAUCCUUUAAAUACCUCCACCAUCAUGCAACCUCUUUCGGGUACUACAGAAAAAAAUUUGACAACUCCUAUCCUUGACUCGCAAACUCUUCCCAUUAGUACCGAAUAUAACAAUACGAGUCAAAUCCCCAUACCUGUGCCCUUAAAUGCUAAAAAUAAAAUGUCAUCAAAAUUUAUCUCCGCCAGCUACAUUCGUCCUAGUACUAUCAAAAAUUAUCCCCCAUCUAAAAUCCCAAUACGAAAAUUCCCUCCGGGUUUUAUCCAAGCCUACCACCGUCCCGCUCUGAAUACCUUCACCGUCUUUCAACCUCUUCCGAAAACUAUAGAAAAUAAUCUGACAACAUCUAUCUCAAAUUUGCAAAAUCUUCCCAUUACAAUUAAACAUAACGGGUGUAAAUACAUAGAUAAAAACCCCAUACGUUUGCCCCUUAAUACUAAAAUCAGGACGUCGAAUAAACCCCUACCCGAAACCUCCGCCAAAUACAUUUGUUCUAGUACAACCACGAAAAAACCCCCAUCUAGAAUCCUAAAUCACAAAUCAUCUCCUGGUUUUAUCCCAGCCAAACAUCAACCCGCUCUAAAUACCUCCGCCGUCCUGCAACCUCUUUCGGAUACUACAGAAAAAAACCUAGCAACUCCUAUCCUUGACUUGCAAACUCUUCCCAUUAGUACCGAAUAUAAAAAUACCAGUCAAAUCCCCAUACGUGUGCCCUUAAAUGCUAAAAAUAAAAUGUCAUCAAAAAUUAUCUCCACCAGCUACAUUCGUCCUAGUACUAUCAAAAAUCAUCCCCCAUCUAAAAUCCCAAUACGAAAAUUCCCUCCGGGUUUUACUCCAACCUAA